AUGACCAACUUUAGGAUCAACAUCGUCUCAGACAACGUCUGCCCCUGGUUGAAUGCUAAUCAAUCAAACAACACCUUCACCAUCCCACGGUCGCCGUCCUACCUGGACGAAACAUCGCUGAAGCAGGACAUCCCGCUCCUGGAGCGUUUCACGCAACGCUUCGGGGCCGAUUGGACCGCGGCAUUACAGGAGCGGCUGCGCAACAUGGGCGCGCAGGAGGGCAUCGCGUUCAGUUCCGCCGGCAAGCUCAGCAACACGCGGGACUCGCACCGACUAAUCCAGCUGAGCAAGAUCAAGGGCAGCGAGGUGGCGGGGAGAACUGCGUCCCACGAGACGCUUAUCCUUGUCGGCGACGAGGCCGGGCUUGACCGAGAGGAGGGAAAGCAGUGGCUGGCGUCGGGGAAGGGAGGGGUCGAAGUCGAUGCUGAGGUGCGGGAGGCAAAGGCGAAGGGGAUUCGCAGCCACGAGGUCGACGGUGCGCAGGACUCUCAGGAUUUCAUGGAGGUGUUUGCCAAAGUCAAGGAUAAGGAGCGCUGGGACUAUUCGACCUCGGGACGUUACAUAAGUAGCUGA